AUGGCUUCUUUCAUGUUCACGCGGAUCCUCAUGAUAGUCAUGUGCACGGUGCUACUCGACAUGUACGUGAUGAACCUCCUGCGCGUGCUGAUCUUGAUGGAGACCCAGGGGGCGCUGGCAAACCUCAUGAAGGCGCAGUCGGAAGCCGACCAGGUGCGCAAGGACCAGAACGAGAUGUUCGUCCAGAGCAAGGCAGAUCUCGAGCAGGCUCCUCCUCCAUCGCUGCAGUAA